AUGGAGACUAAACGGAGCCCCAGAUCCUGGGGCACGAGGAGAAACCCCUCACAAUCCUGUCCGGUGCCUACAGUAACCCGACAACGGCCCGAAGCAUGUUGGAGCUUGAGCCGGGAUGAGACGGCCACUCUCCCGGGUCUCCGGUUGGUGUCCGGCCCUCCCCCCCCCCCUCUGGACCGGGGGGGUCAUCCCGGUCCACAUAAUCAACUACUAUUACGCCAAGCUGGGCAGAAAACAAUCACCCCGCUGGGAAACACUCACCAGCAGCACCCUCCCAAGAUGGCCGCCGCACACCAGCCACGAGUGCAAACUACCCACAGGAUGGAACUAGCACACAGACGAAACCAUCCAGCGCCAUCUGACCACCACAGUAAUCAUCUCCAGGGAUGUGUCGGCUCACUACACUGGGCUAAACAAGGUGAUGUUCGCAGCAUAUGUAUUUGGUGGAAAAACCCCUUUGUGCCUGAGGAAAGCACCUGA